CACGCCAAUCAGAUCAUGGUCUACCAAUUGCACGCUGCAUCCGUUUACACCAAUGGGCAGAUGGCAAAUGCCGACUCAAUGUGUUCACGUGAUCCACUGUUGUUGUCAAACCCGGAAGUGGCCGACGGUACAAUGGCUGCAGGUAUAACUGUGCUGGUGAUAUUGGUGGAUUUAACGCUUUCCACUCGCAAUAAUUAUCUCAAUUUGCAUGAAUCGAGCGAACCAGCGGAUCUUAAGGCACAAGCUGAAGAUUCAGAGGACUCGGACUCCAGUGAAGACAAUAGUGGUGCAUCUGAAAUGGAUUUCCUGCGUAACCUCUUUUCCCGUACACUGGGCAUUGGCACCCCAGAGAAAGUCCUGGAUGAGCUGAGCCUGGAGAGUGUGAGCAAGUUCAUGCUAAGUGAGAAAUGCAAGAAUGUGAUCUGUAUGGUAGGGGCUGGUAUCUCAACAUCUGCUGGAAUUCCGGACUUCCGUUCACCAGGAAGUGGGCUGUACGCCAACCUGCAAAAAUACAACUUACCAUAUCCAGAGGCCAUCUUUCAAAUUGGAUACUUUAAGGAGAACCCAGAACCAUUUUUUGCACUGGCUCGAGAACUAUUUCCAGGGCAAUUCAAGCCAACAAUUUGUCAUUAUUUUAUGCGUCUGUUGAAGGAGAAGGGCCUGCUUCUUCGUUGCUAUUCUCAGAACAUUGACACCCUGGAGAGGGUGGCAGGUCUGACUUCCGAGGACCUGGUGGAGGCUCAUGGAACAUUUUAUAGUUCCCAUUGUGUUGGCGCCUUCUGUGGGGCUGAAUAUUCUCUUUCUUGGAUGAAAGAGAAGAUCUUUUCUGAUCUGAUCCCAAAGUGUGAAAAAUGUAACAAUUUGGUUAAACCAGAUAUUGUUUUCUUUGGUGAAAGUUUGCCAUCCAGAUUCUUCUCUGCCGUUAAGUCUGACUUUCCCAAGGUUGAUCUGCUCAUAGUGAUGGGAACCUCUCUGCAAGUUCAACCAUUUGCAUCUCUUGUCAGCAAAGUUUCUAGUAAGACCCCUCGACUUCUAAUAAACAAGGAGCUGACAGGUCAGGGCGACUCAUUUUUAAGUGUUCUAGGCUUGGGGGGAGGCAUGGACUUUGAUUCUGAGAAAGCAUACAGGGACGUUGCAUGGCUUGGAGACUGUGAUGACGGUUGCCUUGCACUGGCCGAUUUCUUGGGGUGGAAGGCUGAACUGGAAGAAUUGGUAAAGAAGGAACAUGCAGAAAUAGAUGCAGCAGCAGAAGCAGCAAAGAAAAAAGAAAGCAAGCCAGACAAUUCAUCCAAAGAAGAGAGUUCUGCUGCAAAUACUUCAGAUGAUAAAGCAAACAACUGAUUUAUGUUUUCUAGAUUUAAGCUUAUGGUAUUUCUCACAUAUUCAUUGACUUUUUAAAGGGAUGCUAAACACAGUAAUUGUAUUUGCCUAGUUGUGCUUUGUACAGAAGAAAGCCUCUAGUAUUUCUAUGUACAGACUAUGAGAAAACGUUUGGGCUUAUUCACGUCCCCACUCUUCCCUUUGGUCUCUCUCAUGUGUGACCUCUUCUGAGUGGUCAUGUCUCUAGUGCCAUGAGACUGUACCCCCAGAUCUUCACAUUAAGCCCCAGCAUCUUGGUCACGUACCCAUUUAUUUAUAUUCUGCACAGAUAUUUAGACUGCCGGAUAGACAGGAGAGGCUUGAUUUAUAUAACAAAGCCAGAGCUUUAAUAGCAAUUGUCUAUAGAGCUUUAUACUUUGUGAUGGCCAUUUUUGAAUGGUUGAUAGUGGAGGACUGGCAGAGAUUGGCCGAGGGUUGUCAAUAUUUCAAUUGUUCUUGCUAAGUAUUACUGUAAUUUAUUCCCUAGAUCACCAGAGAGCUGCAGUUUUACAUACACAUAGUAUUUAUGAUAUGCCAGUGGCUGGAGACUAACUGCUAUUUUCAUCUCUUCUUAAUAAAAAUGAAUGUUACUUUAA